AUGGCAGCCAAAGCAGUUUGCGUUUUAACUGGAGACAAAGUUAAAGGAGUUAUUAAUUUUUCUCAACAAAGCCCAACCGAUCCAGUUGUAAUUUCGGGAGAAGUCUCAGGAUUAACCGAGGGCAAGCAUGGAUUUCACGUUCAUGAAUUCGGAGACAACACCAACGGUUGCACCAGUGCAGGUGCCCAUUUUAAUCCAUUCAAUAGAGAUCACGGAGGUCCAGAUGCUGCUGUAAGGCAUGUUGGAGAUAUGGGUAAUAUUGUGGCAAACAAUCAAGGAGUAGCUACUGUGAAACUGAGUGAUACAGUUAUGUCACUUUCUGGACAAACCAGCAUUAUUGGCAGAACUGUUGUUGUUCACGCAGACCCAGAUGACUUGGGACUCGGUGGUCAUGAACUUAGUAAAACUACCGGUAAUGCUGGUGGAAGAGUUGCUUGUGGGGUCAUAGGUAUUGCUAAGGUAUGA